UGUUGAGGGAGGCAGUUUGUCGGCCCAAGUCAAUCGCAGGUGUCUUGAAACAAAAGGAGAGGCCACCGCACGUUUCGGCAAACCUCCCCGCGCGAUCCGGCGCUCGCCUGAACCCGGCGGGCUCGGGCGCGUUUUUUGUAUUGUUUGUUUUUGCCAUGGCCUGUGCAGAUGAUGAGCCCCCAGGGCCCCCAGGCUGGUUGGAGCAGAUGCUGCAGCAGCACGACGAAAGGAUAGUAGAGCGCUUGGAUGCGUGGCUGCAGAGGCUGGAGCUGUGCCUGGCCGGCGGCAGAAACGGCGAGGUGCGCAGAAACGGCAGCGUGAACGAGGAGGAGUUCUGGUCCACGGGAGAGACGUCGUCGAUUGGCCGGAUGGCCUCCACAAGGAACAAUGCAGAGAACGACUCCAUGGCGCAGGCAUCGCCCGGGUCAGCAGACCUAGUGGGGGGGCCUUGGCAACAGCGAACAUGGCGCAGCGAGACCGUAGAUAGCUACGAUUUGGCAAAGGCGCUGGGCGAGAAGGUGUCGCAGGCCUUCCGUCUGCUGGGCACCCACAGCAGGGAGUUGAACGACCGGACCAGCUCCAUACUUGAUUGCUGGAGACUGUGCCGGCGCAAGGCUGAGCUAAUCGUGAACUCUCAGUGCGCUGGGGCCUUCUUCGCCAUGGUGAUCCUCACCAACUCGGUGUACCUCGGGGUCCACCUGGAGUGGAGCGCCGUGCAUCGCAGCGCGGACCACCCCGCCAAUAGCAUCUUCAAGACACUUCACGUGAUCUACGCGGUGCUUUUCACGCUGGAGGCGCUGCUGCAGUUCGUGGCCAGCGGGUUCAGCGGCUACAUCUGUGGCAGCUCUUGGAUGUGGAACUGGCUGGACAUCUUCAUAGUGACCUCCUCCUGGGUGGAGCUGGCAGUAGACCUGGCGAAUCCUGAGGAACUCACCCGGGGCUCCAACAGCAACUUCCGCUUGAUGCGGCUCUUGCGUCUGGGGCGCCUGGUGCGCGUGGUGCGCAUCGUGCGGGUGGUGCGGCUGUUCCGGGCCCUGCGGACGUUGGUCUACUCCCUGCUGGGCACCUUGAAGUCACUCUUCUGGUCGUUCCUGCUUCUGGCGCUGAUCAUGUACAUUUUUGGCAUCCUCUUCACGGACUUGGUCAUUGACUUUCUCUUCGAGGAGGAGCAGCUGGGAGCUGCGCAGCAUCCCCUGCUGGAGAAGUACUUUGGCACCCUGUACCUCUCCAUGAUCACCCUGUUCCGGUCCAUCUCCAAUGGCUUGACCUGGCAUGAGGCCGCGGACGCCCUCAUGCCCAUGGGCAUGGUCUGGGUUCAGGUGUUCCACUUCUAUGUGGCGUUCUGCAGCUUUGCGCUUCUCAAUGUCAUGACGGGGGUCUUCUGCAACUCCGCCAUAAAAGCCGCCGAGCGCGACCACGACGCGAUGCUACAUUCCAUGGUUCAAGGCCGAAGGGAGUACCAAGAGUUAGUUUUGAGCCUUUUCAAGAGGAUUGACGAUCGCGGCUUGGGGCAAAUCACCAUCAACGAGUUCGAGCGGCAUAUGGACGACGACGCGGUACGCUCCUUCUUCGAAUAUCUGCAGGUGGGCGCUAUGGACGCCUGGACGCUCUUCACCAGCCUGGACAAGGACGGGGACUUUACAAUCACCGUGGACGAGUUCCUGGAGCAGUGCACCCGGCUCCAGGGCCCCGCCAGGUCCGCGGACCUCUACGCGCUCCGCAUGUCCUGCGCCAAGUUGGCGAAGCAGGUGCAGCGAAUCGCCGAGAUCCAGCAAGGUACUUUGCCCCCCAGCCUCUUUGAGAAGUUUGCGGAGAAGUCGCUGAAAGAUCAAAAGAGUUCGAAUUUCAGUGUAUAGCCUCGGCCCGCUUGCCAAGCAAGCGAGCCCUUCAGAGCUCCCAUCAGGUUCCAAGGGCUGAGCGAUGGGCCAGAUGAAAGCGUAAAGCUGUGGCUCUGGGGUUUCCCAGGCAACACUGUUGCCCCAACCCCAU